AUGACGUCCCCACAGGAGAUUCCUCGGGAUGAAAGAUUUGGGAUGCUCAAAUCGUUCUUGGUGAAUCAAGGGGUGUCCGCCAUAGAAGUGGAGGAGAAAUACAGCAGAUGGGUGACCGAGCUGCGGACUGACCGCUAUGUGCCGGAGAGUGCAAAAGCCAAGAUGUACAAGGUUUUGCGAGAAGUGGUGGAAGAGCACACUACUGCUUCCAAGGGUGAGAGCACCGAUGCUCAUCUGCAGCUACACUGCCCAGCCCUGAAAAUGUCUCGUCCAUAA